UUGGCAUGCGACCGAGUGUGAGAACAUUUUUCGGGAAAUUGACGCGCGGAGGAUAGAAAGAAAGAAAUGACUGAAAUAUUGUAUUAAGAAAACAAGUGCAAGCAAAAUGAAGAAUGGACACACUUAUUUGCAAUGGAUGCUGGCAAUAGUAGUGGAGUCGACAGUAUUUGCCUACGGGUUGUUAGCAGGAUGGAUCUCACCCAUGAAAAAGGUUCUGCAAUCAGAAGAAUCACCUAUGGGUAGACCUCUUACAGAUAUGGAAAUGGGUUGGGUAGCUAGUGUACUACCAUUGGCAGCUGUAUCAGCUGUUCCAUUAUUUGUGUAUAUAGCUGAUAUUUAUGGAAGGAAAACUGGUAUUUUUAUAAUGGCAAUUAUACAAGCAGCUAGCUGGGCACUGAAAUUGUGCACUGCAAAUGUUCCUUGCCUGAUACUGGCAAGGAUUUUGGCAGGAAUUUCAAGUGGAAGCACGUAUCAGCUGAUUCCUGUUUAUGUGAAAGAAACUAGUCAAGACAGUAUAAGGGGAAUGUUGGUUUCAAUGAACACUCUUAUGCAAAAUGUUGGAAUUCUCUUAAUGUAUGCUAUGGGAGCGUAUUUGGACUACUAUACAAUUUUAUGGAUAGGCUUGGCUGUAUCUUUGUCAGCAGUUUUAGCAUUGAUCAAAGCUCCUGAGACCCCACCGUUUAUGGUGAAGAAGGGCGAAUAUGAAAAAGCAGAAAAAACUCUAGCAUAUUUGAGAGGAUUAGAUGUCGAUCAUAAAGUAAUUCAAAAUCAAAUGGAGUACAUGAAAGAGAAUGACAGGCAAGCUCGGGAGCUCCCUGAUGUAACACUUCUCUCUAUUCUUAAAACGAAAUAUUCUCGAAAUGGCUUGAUAAUAGUUUUGAUAGUGAUUUCUGUGCAGGCCAUGAAUGGAACAUAUUCUAUCUUCACAUAUGCAUCUUCUAUCAUGUCGGCUUCUAAAGUGACUUUGAGUCCAGAAUUACAAACGUUGAGUAUUCCCAUAAUGUUGAUUGUGGGAUCUUUUAUAUCAAUAAUUUGUGUAGAAAGGAUUGGAAGGCAGCUCCUAUUGGCCACUGGAUUCGCUAUCACUACAUGUGGAUUAGUAUCCCUCGGAACAAUCCUAACGGUACAGUACAACGGAGGCAGUCUCCCUCAAUGGAUGCCAAUCGCGUCAAUUAUCUUGACUUGUACCAGCUAUUCUGCUGGGAUUCUGCCGGUGCCUUAUGUCAUCAUGGCGGAGAUGUUCAACUUUCAAAUCCGGGCGCGAGUAUCGGGCAUAGUGUGUGGCUACGCAUGGUUCGUUACCUUCCUUCAAUUAUUCAUUUUCACUCCACUAACCACCAUGAUCGGAAUACAGAACACAGUGUUUUGUUUCGCUGCAGUCAAUCUUCUUGGAGUUCUCGUGGCAGUAGUUAUAGUUCCACCUACGAAAGGAAAAAGUUUGGAAGAAAUUGAGAAGAUGUUGGCUAAAUAAAUACUAAUCUUAGUUAUUAAAAAGAUAAUAUUUGGUAUAUUCUGUUUCUCUUUUUGUCCAGAUUAUAAAUAUGCCAAAAUCAUUAUUAACUGGUGAUUCUUUUCAUAUGAGAUUGGCUGGCAACCUGUUGCUAUUUCAGAGUCUCAAUUACAGCUCUUUACCUAUCGAGUACCAACAUUCUUGCUGUCUGCCUCGUAAUGUAAAAUGACGUAUCAUACUUGUUGGUCUUGGACCUUCCGAAAUAGUUUAACAAUAAAAUGACGUAUACUUUAUAUAUAAUAAUGUUAUCAUUAACAUCUUUUGCGCAAAAAAUCUAGCUGGGCAAAAAAUUGCGAACCAGAACGGAUUCUGUUUGGCUUUAAGAAGUUGUAUUGAUGUAAUGUAUUUGAAAGUUUUCAUGAGUUACUAUAUAAAAUCUCGCUUGGACAAAUAAUGUAAUACCUAUAAUAAUUAAGUAUGUUAAUAAUAGUAUUA